AUGAACCUCUACCUAGAGACUCAGCCCACAAGUCAGAACAUAAUGAGAAACCUCCUCCAAAACAAGGUCAUUGCUAUAACAGGCAGCUCCUCCGGCAUCGGCCGCGCGAUAGCAACCCGCUGCGCCCAGCAAGGCGCCUCAAUGGUCCUCCACCAUCUCGGCACCCCGCGAACAGAACAAGACGCACUCUCACUCUACGAUGAGCUCCCAGGCUCACCAACACUCGACAAAAAACCAACAUCCCACAUUAUCGUCGGCGGCGAUCUGACAGAGAAAGAUACACCGCGCAAAAUAAUCGAGAAGACUAUCUCCGCAUUUGGCCGCAUCGAUGUCCUCGUCAAUAACGCGGGCAUCUGCAAGUUCACCCCGGCGCACGCAGUCACCAGAUCCCUGCUCGACGGCCACAUGGACGUUAACUACACCUCUGCCUAUCUCUUGACACAAGCCGCAUCGGAGCAAAUGGCAGCACAAGGGAAUGGCGGGAGCGUCGUAUCCAUAUCCUCGAUUACAGCGGUGUUGGGCUCCUCAAAUCUAACGCACUAUGCGCCGACGAAAGCUGCGCUCCUUGCUAUGUCGAAGUCGUUCGCUGUUGAGUACGGUGCUCAUGAUAUUCGGUAUAAUUGCGUUCUUCCGGGGACCGUCAUGACGAGUAUGAAUGAGAGGGAUUUGGCUGAGAAUGGGAAGAGACAGAUCAUGGAGGGCCGGAUUCCACUGCGACGCUUGGGGGUCCCGGGUGAUAUGGCGGGGAUCGUGAUGUUCUUUGCGAGUGAUCUUUCUGCGUACGUUUCCGGGCAGGAGAUUUUGGUUGAUGGGGGUGCUUCAAUUAAUUAUCAAUGA